AUGGUGGCCAUAGGUCUUGAUGUCGAUAUCUCCGGCUUCGACAAGCCGUCGGGAAAUUUGAUCCGGUGGUUGAGAUUGUUGGCUAUUCGCUUGAGCAUGCCAGGCACAUCGCCUGAAUUGCUGAAGACCCGCGUGAAUGCUCAUUUCGUCGUCGACGAGAACAUGGACCAAAAUAAAAUGGCCAAAGCCAAGUUUGCGCAGUUCAAACGCACCCAGGAGAUCAUCUACGACUUCAAGAAGAUUCCUUGUACUCAAUGGGGCGUUUUCAACUCGCCAAAAUCGAUCAACAAAGAUGCCUUCGAGUUCGGAACCGAGAAACCGGCCGAUAACACUGCAGAGCAGUUGUUCGAGAAUAUGCUGGACGAUGCUGAGCAAGCUGCCAAUGAGUCUCAGGAAGAGCCCGCCGAAGAGUCUCAAGACCAAGCUGCCGAAGAUCCUGAAGAGCAAGCUGUCGAAGGUCCCUCGAUUAUCCGCUAUCCGGCUGUGGUGUCCUUCCCUACUCCUAAUGAAGGUGCCGUUUCCCUUGCGUAUGGCACUCUUCUCGAGUGGAGAUACUCCCAGGAGAGCCACGACGCCAUAUGUGGACAAGACCAUGAAAUUGCCUUUAUGUGCGUUGCAAGUCAAGCUAUUGUGGCCACAAUUCGUUUUACCGUGCCGUAUAGCAAUAUCGCGGAAUGCUUUCGACUAAAGGAGGGUACAGAUAUCAGUAUCACCUUCGCUCCUGACAGGUCUGCCGCUUCAAACUUACCACUCCACUGUUUCUACUGGUGCGUUAUCGUCGACUUUGUCGUCUCUGCUGCGGAAUCCUCUCGUGACCUAGGAUUCGUCAAUGGCGACAACAGGUGUAACGUUGCACACUCAAGAAUGAUAGAGUGCGUGGUUUGCGUUGUUCCCAUGGCCGUUGGCGCUGGCAGCUUUGCCACAGACAUACAGGAGCGCCAAAACUCGUUUGGAGAGAUCGUCCAGUCCAAGGUCCCCUACCUUUGCGAAUUCGUUCAAUGGGCCGCGGCCGAGAAGAAAAUGGUCAUGGAGACAGACGGAAUUUCCGAUCCCGUCAAAAUCCCUUUCCUAGACAGAAUGAUGCAGAUGCGGACCACUGUGUCUGCGGGCAUGAAGUGUGCAAGAGAUUGUGGGUCUCUGUCAUGA